ACAGCAAAUUUAGUACAUUAAUCUCCCUCUUUAAAAGUAAACUCUACUAACUUUCUGUUUAAUUUUUUCUCAAGUUUUAGAAAGUGUCAUCAAAAAGGGAUUAGCAUUUGUAGGACAUAAAUAAACUUCAGCAGGCUUGCUCCAAAAAUAGAAUCUUAGAGUACUAGUCCUGUCUAAGCCAAAAAUUCACAUAGACAAGAUUUAAUAGUAGCUAAAUUUUCGUCACCAGGCACGGGAACAGGAACAGGAACCUGCAGUAAUACUAAUUGUUUAGCCAGAUGAAAAGGAACAUUUAUGACUUGGGUGAUGGAGAAUUUGCAGCAGCAAUUGCUGCUACCGCGUUUGCUAUACGUUCCCUUGAGGAAAAUGCUGGCUCUCAAUAUCAGACAAAAACAAAAAGACCUGUUAUUAGGCCAGCAGAAGCAGCUCCAAUGAGAAGGACAUCCACGAUGAAUCGUAAAACUUCAGCAGAAAUAGUCAGUAUAACUCCAGUAGCUAAUGAUAAAAUGCAAAAGGGGAUUUCAAGAGGAAGCAGAAAUGCUGAAAACAAAGCUGAUGCUUGGGAGAAAGCUCAGAUAGCCAAAAUAAGAAAGCGACAUGAUGAGCUUCUUUCUGCGCUUCUUGCUUGGGAGAACGAAAAGAAGAUGAUGGCAAAAGAACAAAUGGAAAGGAGAAAGAAUCAAGUGGAGCUUGCUUUGAAAAGGAACUUGCAGCAUUACAAAAACAAACUAGCGAGGAUUGAUCAUAUUGCCAAAGGAGCAAGAACACAAGCAGAAGAGAAAAGAAGACAUGAAGAAACCACAGUGAAAGAGAAAUCAAAUAAGAUUAGAUCAACAAGGACUGGAUCUGUUACAUGUUACUGCUUCUAACUUUAGAACAGUGUACAACACCGGAAAAUGAAUCCUCUGAAACUCUAUUUACACAAGAAUUGUACUCAAACUCAUUGAUUUUAUAUUGAAAUCUGUCUUAAGAAUUAUUGCCCUAGUGUGCAAUGGUUGGUUUAUAGCAAUCGAAAAUGCAUUAAUCCUG